GAAGAAAUAGAUUUCCAAUUUUUCCAUUUCCAUCGUCCUUCUCCUUUAGAUCUCUUUCUCUUCUCUUUCUCUUACUUUCUCUCUCUUAUCAUGUCACACGCGCAAAUAUACGGAGAUACACUCUUUCUCUUUCUCUAGAAUAUAUUGUCUUCUAUGUGACCUCGUUUGCUCCAGAGCUUAGUUGGGUUGGGUUGGGUUGAGUUGGAUUCGGUUCGGACGGAGCCGACACGGCGGAGUCAUGGGCUGUUGCCAAUCAUCGCUGUUCAAGCGAACUCGCUCGGACAAGGACAGAUAUCCCCAGACGACUGGUUUGAACCACACGCCGCCGUCUAAUGGCACUGACGCUGCCGCCGCAGGUGUCGGAGAUGGGGGCGGAGGAGCUGGCGGAGUGCCAGCUUUCUCGGAGUUCUCGCUCGCGGACCUCAAGGCCGCCACGAACAACUUUAGCUCCGACUUUAUCGUGUCCGAGAGCGGAGAGAAGGCCCCCAACGUGGUUUACAAGGGCCGCCUCCAGAACCGGAGGUGGAUCGCGGUGAAGAAGUUUACCAAAUUGGCCUGGCCCGAUCCUAAGCAGUUCGCGGACGAAGCAUGGGGCGUUGGGAAGCUGAGACAUAGAAGACUUGCGAAUUUGAUUGGGUACUGCUGCGAUGGUGAUGAGAGGCUGCUUGUGGCUGAGUAUAUGCCGAACGAUACUCUUGCGAAGCAUCUAUUCCACUGGGAGAACCAAACAAUCGAGUGGGCAAUGCGUUUAAGAGUUGCUCUAUAUAUUGCUGAAGCAUUAGAUUAUUGUAGUGCCGAAGGGCGGCCAUUGUACCAUGACUUGAAUGCUUACAGGGUUCUCUUUGAUGAGAAUGGUGAUCCACGGCUUUCUUGCUUUGGUAUGAUGAAAAAUAGCAGAGAUGGAAAAAGUUACAGCACAAAUCUUGCCUAUACACCUCCUGAGUAUCUAAGAAAUGGAAGGGUUACUCCUGAAAGUGUUAUCUUCAGCUUUGGGACUGUCCUUCUGGAUCUCCUUAGUGGAAAGCAUAUUCCUCCAAGUCAUGCUCUGGAUAUGAUACGGGGUAAAAAUAUUCCCCUAUUAAUGGAUUCACAUUUGGAAGGAAACUUCUCAACUGAGGAGGCAACUGUGGUUUUUGAGCUUGCCUCACAAUGCUUGCAGUAUGAACCUAGGGAGCGGCCAAGUCCUAGAAACCUUGUUGAGACGCUUGCGCCACUUCAAAAUAAACCGGAUGUCCCAUCUUAUGUGAUGCUUGGAAUUCCAAAGCACGAGGAGGCACCUCCUACACCACAACACCCUCUUUCUCCAAUGGGUGAUGCCUGUACACGAAUGGACCUCACAGCUAUCCAUCAGAUUUUAGUAAUGACACACUAUAAAGAUGAUGAAGGAACCAAUGAGUUAUCUUUCCAAGAAUGGACACAACAAAUGAGAGAUAUGCUUGAGGCAAGAAAGCGUGGGGACUUAGCAUUCCGUGACAAAGAUUUUAAAACAGCCAUAGAUUGUUAUUCGCAGUUUAUAGAUGUGGGAACCAUGGUAUCCCCAACUGUUUAUGCACGGCGGAGUCUUUGCUAUCUUCUCUGUGAUCAACCCGAUACCGCCCUCCGGGAUGCAAUGCAAGCACAAUGUGUCUAUCCAGACUGGUCAACUGCCUUCUACAUGCAGGCAGUUGCCCUGGCCAAGCUAGACAUGCACAAGGAUGCAGCUGACAUGUUGAAUGAAGCUGCAGCACUUGAAGAAAAACGGCAACGGGGCGGGAGAGGAUCCUGAAACCAAAUCCUGUAAUAUUCUUUAAUAAUUAUGCUCAAAUCAAUUGCUAUUGUUGUUGUAACAGAAAAAAAAAAAAAAAAAAAAAAAACGUAUUGCUUUUAGUAUGAUCUGAUGGGAAUAUCACCCAAAGGUGUAUGAUAGACAGAUGCUUGUUCUUUUACAAGAUUCAUGCUGAUUUUUUUUCCCAAA